GAAAUUAAUUAAAAAUAGCAAUGUUAAAAUUUAAAAACCUAAACUUCCCCCAAAUUCAACACACAGUACCAUACCACAAUGUUACUUCGGUUCAACAGAACAACCUCCGCCAUCUCUCUUUUACACCCCUCCGUCAAAUCACUUUACUAUUCGCACCCCUUCUCCACCUCUCCACCACCCGCUCCUGACGCCGCCGACCGCACCCGCCUCUUGAACUCUAUCCGCGCCGUCGAAACCACCGCCACCGCCGCCGCUGCAGUUAACUUCUUCUACAGAAUGCUAGCUAUAACCCCUUUUCCCUGCAUCCAAGACUUCAACCUCUUCUUCGGCCUCGUCGCGAAAUCAUACCACUACGCCACCGCCAUUUCCCUCAUCAAAACCCUCCACUCGCUAAGCGAAAGUGGUGACGUGUGCACACUCAACAUUUUCAUCAAUUGCCUCUGCCACCUGGGCAACACGACGUCGGGGUUCGCCGUUUUGGGGCUCAUGACCAAAACUGGCGUGGAACCCACGCGGGUGACUUUUAACACCAUUGUCAACGGUCUUUGUAUUGAAGGGGAUAUGGAUCGUGCCCUUUGGUUGGUGGAAAAAAUGGAAACUUUAGGGUAUACGUGCAAUGUUCGAACUUACGGGGAGUUGAUUAAUGGUUUGUGUAAAAUUGGGGAUACUUUUGGUGCUAUGGAGUGUUUGAGGAAGAUGGUUGAGAGAAAUUUGGAGCCGAAUGUUGUGGUUUAUAAUGCGAUUUUGGAUGGGCUUUGUAAGAGAGGUUUGGUGAACGAGGCUUUUGCGUUGUUCCGUGAGAUGGGUGUUACUGUUCAGCCUAAUGUUGUGAGUUACAAUUGCUUGAUUCAGGGUUUGUGUGGUGGGUUUAAAGGGUGGAGGGAGGGGGUGGUUUUGUUCAAUGAGAUGGUGGUGGAGAAGGGGAUUGCACCGGAUGUGCAAACGUUUUCGAUUUUGGUGGAUGGUUUUUGCAAAGAGGGGUUGGUUUCAUGGGCAGAGAAUGUGAUAGGUUUUAUGAUUAGGACUGGUGUGGAGCCAAAUGUUGUUACGUAUAACUCGUUGAUUAGAGGGCAUUGUUUGAGGAAUUGGAUGGAGGAGGCGAUGAGGGUGUUUAGAUUGAUGGUUAGAGAGGGUGAGAGGUGUUUGCCGAGUGUUGUGACGUAUAAUCUGUUGAUUCAUGGGUGGUGUAGUGUUAAGGAGGUUGAUAAGGCUAUGUCUCUGAUGGGUGAAAUGGUUGGAAAAGGGUUGGAUCCUGAUGUGGUCACUUGGACCAUUCUUAUAGGUGGGUUCUGUGAAGUGAGAAAGCCUUUGGCUGCAAAGAAGUUGUUUUUCAAUAUGAAAAAGCAUGGCCAGGUUCCCAGUCUCCACACCUGUGCUGUUGUGUUGGAUGGUUUGUUCAAAUGCUGGUUUGAUUCUGAGGCGGUGUCGUUGUUCACAGCAAUGGAGAAGAGUGGUUUGGAUCUUGAUAUUGUGAUUUACAAUAUCAUGCUUGAUGGAAUGUGCAAAGCAGGAAAACUGAAUGAUGCAAGGAAGCUUCUGUCUACUGUGCUAGAUAAAGGGUUGAAAAUUGAUACAUAUACUUAUAACAUAAUGAUUAAAGGUCUGUGUAAAGAAGGACUGCUGGAUGAUGCUGAAGAGAUGCUUAAUAAAAUGGAAGACAAUGGGUGCCCGCCUAACAAAAACUCUUACAAUGUCUUUGUACAGGGACUGUUGCGAAAAUAUGAUAUUUCUAGGUCUAGAAAAUAUCUUCAAAUAAUGAAAGACAAAGGAUUUAGAGUAGAUGCUGGCACUACUGAAUUUAUUGUACGUUUAAUAUCUGCUAAUAAAGGAGAUACUGCAUUUCAAGAGAUGUUGCUGACCUGAACUAUGUGGGAAUAUAGUCUCUAUUGAUUAUCUGAGCUGGGUUUGUAUCAAGUUUUGUGAUCAAUCUGGUCAUGAUGUUAGACCACCAAACAGGCCUCUUAAUGAUGGGAUUCAACCUUUUCACCAUGGAGGGUUCAGGAUCAUGAACAGAUGAUAGAAAGUAAAGAAUUUCUUCCAAGGAAUUCAAACCUGGAUUGUGACAAUUCUGAUAAGCACACAUGUUUUUGCCAAAACAUCAUUAACUCAACCAGAUGCCAACAUGAUGUUGCAAGAUUCUGGUGGACAUAACUGUAUGUUUGGUGUCCAUAGACAGAUUCAGAUAAUUUGGGAUACUUCAAAGCAGUUUAAGUUCUCAUUUUUCCAAAAGAUUGUGUUCAGAAGUUUGGGUAAAAUAUGUUUCUUCAUUGCGUAUAAAAGGUUCAGCAUGUCUUCUAUUUUGAGGGCAUAACUUCAUUUA